AUGAUCGUUCUUACAGAAAGCUUAGGGGAAAGCCGGAGUCAUUUUCCUUUAAAGAAUUGCUCUGGCCAAGAGAUUGAUAUACUAGGAUUGGUGCAUUUUGAUCCACUCAUCUGGCGGGAACAUUUAUCUUCAUUGAGACAACUGUUCUUAUACGUUGCGGCCUUUGCAGACAGCCCUACAGUCUCGAGACUUAAGUAUGCUUCAUUUGUCGACCGGUCUACUACUCACGCUGUCGGAACGAAUUACAGAAGUUGGCGUUUUAGAACUAUUGCUGAACCCUACACACUUUAUUACCCCAGAACUACGAGUGCUCUUCAAUAUCGAGUUACAGAUGCGGAGAAAGUUGUAGAACAGAAAAUACAAUUUGCUGAACUAUUGUUCCAACAGCUGCAAGGGGUUAGAAAGUCAGCUAUUCAUGUUGCAGUUAUCUUUCUUGAUGGUGCCGAUCUUAAAGAAGAAGAUGUAAGAAAAGUAUCAUUCAUAGUUCAAAAGCAAAAUUCUGGCAUCAAGAUAUUAGUUCUACUUUAUGGUUAUAAAUUCUUAAAAGACACUGUUCAUUUGCGCAACACUAUUGUUGUUCCAUAUGUUGGAAAUACAGGAAUUGAACAGACCCUUCUGAUGGCGUUAUGCGAACAAUGUCUUCCAAAUUGGGUUUCUCGUGUUGAACUAACUCUGGGUAUGCAUGUUCACUCUUGCUACAGAUUGUUCGUACACGAGAGCGUAACAUGGUCUAAUGCGAUGACUAUGUGCAGUUCAUUUCACGGCGGAUAUCUGACAAGAAUAGAAACCUUAAAUGAGCUUGUAUUUGUACAACGUUUGUUAUUUAAUAAAACAAAAGAAGAGGCAAUGAAUAAAGUUGACAGUCGUGCAUUUGACGUAUACAUUGGUCUUCGCCGGGAUUUGACAAGCUAUGCCAAACGUUUUCAUUGGUAUACAGAUUUAGGACAGUAUCUACCGCUGGUAAUUCGUCAUUGGUCACAAGGUGAACCAUUGUGUGGGUUCGGCGUCUGCGACUGUGGAUUAUGGCGAUUUCAGGGCCACUGGCACCAAGAUCAAAAUGAAAACAAAACAUAUAAAUUGGAUGACGGAUGGAUGGAUACUGAUUGUAGUGAAAAACUAUCUAAGUCCCUGUGUGAAGUUUCUCUUCAGCAACAAAUUGGUAUUAAUAAUAUUUUCACUGUAAAGGCAGCCGCACAGGAAAGUUUCAAUGCUUCUUUAGCCAAAGGGAAUUUUUUAUUAUUUGAAGACAAUAUUGUAUCUGUGUAUGAAAACGUUGGAAACAAAGAUGUUCUUCAAAAUGUCCUUGCAAGUGUCAAAGAAUCUCCACUGUUUGACUGUGCAGAAGAUACUGGCAAUCAGAGAUAUAUACCCUAUAGUUUAGUCUGUGACCGCGUUGACCACUGUAGCAACAGACGAGACGAAAAGUAUUGUUUUCAACAGGACAAGGUUUACUCUCCCACUGAACAACAAUGUGCAACUGACAGACGUUGCUUGGACGGCUCCUGUUUGCCUAUCCAGUAUUUAAAUGAUGGGGAACUAGAUUGUAAAAUAAACAUCUCCAGAAGGCUGACGGAUGAGAACCCGGCUCACGAUGUAUACCUGAAAGAUUACAAAACAUGUACACUUAUUUGCAACUUUGACACUUGUAUAAAUAUGUCUCAACUAAACGAUGGAGUUGAUGACUGUGGAGGACUUGACAGUUUGGAUGAGACGAUCGGAAAACUGCCAGCUGUCAACGCAUGUGCAAGCAGCGAGGGUAAAUUUACAUGGGCUCCUAAAUGUGUAUACAUUAAAGACAUUUACGGCGGUGUCGUAGGUUGUAGAGACAUGUCCCAUCUCAGUGACUGUGAGAACUUCACGUGUGGUCAGGGAUAUGUGAAAUGCUUUAACUCGUACUGCAUCCCUCAACACUAUCUUCUUGACAUGAAAGCUGACUGUCCUACAGGAGAGGACGAGCAGCCGUUCAACACUAGGCCAUGUACAGGACAUUUCGCUUGCUGGGAGAGUAGAGUUUGUCUUCAUGCAGAUUUCGUUUGUGAUGGACAUGCAGAUUGUCCACACAAAGACGAUGAACUAAAUUGUAACACACUGUGUCCUGAAGGUUUUCAUUGUACCGCUGGCUCAGUAUCAGUAAUACUGUCAAAGUCUUUAGAUCUGGACAGUUUCACUGACAUAGGCGCACGUACCAGGUACCUGAAUUUGUCAGGAAUGGAUCUAUCUCAAACAGAAUAUUUGUUUUAUCAAGUUAAACAAAGGUUUCCAAAAGUAGUCACUCUGAUCCUUUCUAAAUGCAACAUCACUAAUAUAGACUUUCAUGAAAAUGAAACCUUAAAUCAAUAUCCACCUUUUAAUAUUCAAAGUCUAGAUAUUAGCUAUAAUACGAUUCAUGAAAUAUUCAACACUGAAGUUUUCAGUAAAAUGCUCCAAAAUAUUAAUUACCUCAACGCGUCCUACAACAAUCGUCUUAUUUCUCUGAAACAACUACGGUUUAAAUUUCUCGAGAUACUGGAUCUUUCUCACACCGGGCUUUCGUACCUACACGGCCUUGUGUUUGCAGGGUUGCCUCGCUUGAAACAUCUUAACUUAAGUUACACUCUGAUUUCAGAUUUCAGCAGGCAAUAUUUCCCAUUAGUCCUAACCCUACAUACACUGAAUUUACAAGGACUUCUCAUCGAGCGACUGGAGGCCGAUUUGUUUCACGGAGUCGCAGUUAGUCAGAAUCUCUAUACAGAUCAAUAUCAGGUUUGCUGUCCUAAAGUUAGAGGCUCUAAUAUCCCAGCUCAUGCAUGUAAGUCUCCUACGGAAGCCAUUUCUUCAUGUUUCGAUCUCAUAGGGCUAUUUUUUCAGCGAGUUCUUCUCUGGCUAGUUGCCGUACUUGCUUUUACAGGGAACAUGAUGGUUAUUGUAUACCGUCUAAUCUGGGACAGGUCAGUUCUGAAGACGGGAUACGGUCUGCUUGUGACAAACUUGGGUGUGUCUGACUUUAUCAUGAGUGUCUAUUUAUUCGUUAUUGCAGGAGCUGAUCACUUCUACCGUGGCAAUUAUGUUCUCUAUGACAGAAAGUGGAGAGAAAGUAUUGCAUGCAAUUCUGCCGGUUUUAUGGCAACUCUUUCCCACGAGACAUCCACUUUAUUUACUUUACUGAUUACACUGGACAGACUUUUAGUCAUAAAAUAUCCUUUUGGUCAAAAUCACAUUUCUAGACUUUCUAAAAUUGCUGCAGUCAUUUUUGUGUGGGUCACUGGUUUAUUGUUGUCACUGAUUCCCUUAUUAAUGAAUUUUAGUAUCUAUUCUUCUAAUGCAAUGUGUCUGGGGCUGCCUUUAACAAGCAAACGAGGAACUGGUUGGGAGUUCUCAGUUGGAGUAUUUGUUUUUUUCAAUUUUAUCAUGUUUCUCUUCAUUGUUUACGGGCAAUACGCAAUUUUCCUUGCCAUUUCAGAGAACAGAAUACCCAAGACAGCAACUAACAUGUCCCGCUUACGACGUGCAGAAGAUAUAACAGUUGCCAAGCAACUGUCUCUUGUUGUUCUGUCCAAUUUUGUCUGUUGGUUUCCUAUCGGACUCAUGGGACUUAUAUCUCUUGGCGGUUAUUAUGUCAGCGAUGAGGUUUAUGCCUGGACAACCAUUCUUCUUCUUCCCUUAAACUCCGCUGCAAAUCCAAUUCUGUACACAAUCCCUGUCCUUAUGUCAAAGUGGGAAAAGUUCAGACACGGAGAGCAGAUCUCCUUGUGA